AUGGCAGUCGAUAGAUUUUCUUUGGGUGGUAGUCAGAGAAGUUUUGCUUACAGAGUACCCAAAUGGAGAAUUCCAGAUGUUAUUUUAUUGAUCGUUGUAGUCAUUCUAAGUUAUCCAGUAUACUAUCAAGAACCUUUCCAAAGACAAUUUUAUUUGAAUGAUUUAACAAUAUCACACCCUUACGCUGUACAUCAGAGAGUCGAUGACUCAAUGUUAUUCGUUUACAGUUUCUUGGUUCCAGUUAUUGUUAUUCUAAUCGUAUGGGCCUUACUAGCCGAUAAGAGACACAGAUGGUACCUAUUAUACAUCUCAUUAUUAGGUCUAUUACUUUCAUGGUUCACUACAUGUUUGUUUACGAAUUAUAUUAAAAACUGGAUUGGGAGAUUACGUCCAGAUUUCUUAGAUCGUUGCCAACCUAAACCAAACUUACCAGUGGAUAUACUUCUUACAGCAUCUGAAGUGUGUACUGCAGACAACAAGAGUAUUCUUUUGGAUGGGUUUAGAACAACGCCAUCUGGUCACUCUAGUGAAAGUUUUGCAGGGCUAGGUUAUUUAUACUUGUGGUUAUGUGGUCAGUUACUCACUGAACAUAUUCAAGUUGGUAUUUGGAGGAAAUACCUUGCAAUGUUACCAUUGAUAGGUGCAUCCUUGGUGGCAUUAUCUAGAACACAAGAUUAUAGACAUCAUUUCGUAGAUGUAUUAUUAGGCUCUGCGUUGGGCUAUAUCAUUGCACAUUCCACAUACAGGGUCUACUUCCCAGCCAUUGAUAGCCCUGUUCCAUUCAAGCCUUUACUCGACGACUCUGCAGUUACCUUUGAUAUUGCAUUUGAUGCUAUCCCACAACAGGAACCUGCUCACGAUGAAGAAGAUCAAACUGUCUCCACUGGUGUAUAA